AUGUUAGCCAUUCAAGAUAUGGCAUCUGCUAUUCGUGAGACAAAUCAACAUAACCACGAACCCCAUCAGGAAACUCAAGAUGAUCGAAUAAUGAGGAUUCAAGGAGAAUUUCAUAAGACACGACCACCUGUGUUCAAGUGUGAUCCAAACCCUAUGGCAGCAGAAGAAUGGUUAAGACAAAUGAAGAGAAAGAUGAAUGAACAAAGAGUUCCUGGAAACCUAAAAGUGACCAUUGCUUCUACCUAUUUGGAAGGACAAGCUUAUCAUUGGUGGGAAUCUGUCUUGGCUAUGCCUGAUGUUGAGGUUGUAACUUGGGUUGCCUUUGAGACAAUGUUUCUGGAGAAAUAUUUUCCUGAAACUAUGAAAACCAUGAAAGUACGUGAGUUCACUAAUCUUUAUCAAGGUGAUAUGACUGUGGGACAAUAUCAAGCUAAGUUUGAAGAACUUAUGCGUUUUGCUCCUUACAUGAUUCCUGAUGAAUCUACAAAAGCAAAGAAAUUUGAAGAAGGGUUGAGACUAGAAGUCAAGGAGAAAGUAGAACUUUUUAAAUUGAAAAAGUAUGCUGAAGUUGUUGAUCGUGCCUUAAUGGCCGAACAAAGGAUACCUAGUUCUAAGAGAGUUUGUGAACCUAAGAAUCCUAACGGGGGACAAAGUAACAAACGCCAAAGAUUUUUUCCCUCUUGUUCUCGAUAUCAAAAUCCAAGAUCAUUUGAGGCAACUCAAAACUCAGGAUUUUGUUAUCAUUGUCGACAGAUAGGACAUUACCGGAGGGAUUGUCCUCAGCUACAAUCAUAUCAGAUACCUGUUGCUCCACAACCACAACCAGAGUUCCGUGCACCACAACAACAAUUUCAAGCUCCACAAACACAGUACCGUGCUCUGUACCAAGCCCCAUAUCAAGAUUCACUAAAUCAACACAAACGUCCAAGGGGACAACCUACACAACAAAGGCCUAGGGCACCAGGAACAGCAACGAAGUCAGAACAACUCACUCAAGGACGAGUGUAUGCUGUUGGACAAGUGACAGAGCCAAAUGAACCUACUGUGGUGGAAGAAGAUUUAUCUGGAUUACCCCCAGAAUGUGAAGUGGAGUUUUCUAUAGAUAUCUAUCCUGGCACAUCGCCUAUCUCUAUACCUCCACAUCGAAUGGCACCAGCAGAGUUGAAAGAACUCAAAAUACAACUUCAAGAACUUGAAAGAAAAGGUUUCAUUCGUCCUAGUACUUCACCAUGGGGUUUUCCUGCACUUUUUGUGAAGAAAAGUGAUAACAGUCUGAGGAUGUGUAUUGACUAUCGUCAACUGAAUAGAAUCACCAUUAAGAAUAAGUACCCUUUACCUAGGAUUGAUGACAUGUUUGAUCAACUGCAAGGUUCUCGAUACUUCUCAAAGAUUGAUCUUCGCUCUGGUUAUCACCAAUUACGAGUAAAAGUAGAAGAUGUAUCGAAAACUGAAUUUCGAACGCGAUAUGGACAUUAUGAAUUCCUAGUAAUGCCUUUUGGGUUGACAAAUGCUCCGGCAGUUUUCAUGGAUUUAAUGAAUCGAACAUUGAGAGAACACAAGUUUUUUGCCAAGCUAAGCAUUGCCGUAGAUUCUGCAAAAGUAGAAGCAGUGUUGAAUUGGAGACAGCCGAAAAAUGUAGCUAAUCCAAUGACCAAGUUGACACAAAAGGGAGUUAAGUUUAUUUGGGAUGAUAAAUGUGAGGAAGCAUUUCAAGAGUUAAAAACUCGAUUAACAUCAGCUCCUGUGUUAAUUAUACCAGAAAGAGGUUCUGACAGGGUUGUUGCUUAUGCUUCUCGUCAAUUGAAAUCACAUGAGAAAAAUUACCCAACUCACGAUCUAGAACUGGCAGCUAUUGUUCAUGCGUUGAAGAAGGAGUUGAAUUUAAGACAAAAGCGUUGGAUGAAAUAUCUAGAAGACUAUGACUUUGAUUUACAUUAUCAUCCUGGAAAAGCUAAUGUGGUAGCAGAUGCUUUAAGUCGAAAUCCUCAAAAAGUCAUAGCCAGUUUAUAUGAUCAAAGGUGGAAGAUGGUAGAAUCUCUCUAUGAUUUUGACUUGUAUGUAGGUAUGCACCAGGAUCAUGCAUAUCUAUGUAAUUUAGUAACUCACCCCACUUUGAUUGGAAAAAUAAUUGAGGCACAAGAAUCUGAUUCUAUGUCUAAAGACAUUCGAACUAAGAUUACAAUUGGAGAGACACCUGAUGGAUGGAAUGUCCACGCAGACGGUGGACUAAGAUAUUUGGAUAGAUUGUAUGUACCUGAAAUUUCUGAUAUGAGAAAAGAAGUUUUGAAAGAAGGACAUCAUUCAUUCUAUACAAUUCAUCCUAGAGGAACAAAGAUGUAUCUUGACUUGAAACGUAACUUUUGGUGGAAUGGUAUGAAAAGAGAUAUAGAAAAAUUUGUAGCAAAGUGUCUCACAUGUCAGCAGCUUAAAGCUAAACAUCAGAAACCGUCAGGUUCAUUACAGCCAUUACCAGUAGCAGAGUGGAAAUGGGAUCAUAUAACCAUGGAUUUUGUUACAGGUUUACCUAGGUCUCCAAAGGGACGAGAUGCAAUAUGGGUUAUAGUGGAUCGUUUGACCAAAUCUGCACAUUUUUUACCAGUCAAAACAACAGAGUCCACUGAAAACCUUGGAAAGUUUUACGUUCGAGAGAUAGUAAGAUUACAUGGGAUUCCUGUUUCGAUUGUUUCAGAUAGAGAUUCCAAGUUUACUUCCAAAUUUUGGGGAAGUUUACAGAAAGCGUUGGGUACGCAACUAAAUUUUAGUACCGCUUUUCAUCCCCAAACCGAUGGACAGUCAGAGAGAACCAUUCAAAUUUUAGAGGACAUGUUGAGAGCCUGUAUUCUAGAUUUUGGGGGAAGUUGGGAAGAUCAUUUGGUGUUGGCAGAAUUCGCCUACAACAACAGUUAUCAAUCUAGUAUUCAAAUGGCACCUUAUGAAGCUUUAUAUGGAAGACCUUGUUGGUCACCUGUAUGUUGGACUGAAGUAGGAGAAACUGUGUUACUAGGACCUGAUUUGGUACAGGAGACAACUGAAAAGAUUAAACUUAUCAAGCAAAGUCUCUUAACUGCUCAAAGUCGACAAAAGAACUACGCUGACCGAAGAAGGAAACCAUUAAGUUUUAAAGUGGGAGAUUAUGUAUUUCUUAAAGUCUCACCACGAAGAGGAGUAAAAAGGUUUGGAAAGACUGGAAAAUUAGCACCAAGAUUUAUUGGACCAUUUGAAAUCUUAGAAAGGAUUGGUGAAGUAGCUUAUAGGCUAGCAUUACCACCUCAACUUUCGAAUAUACAUAAUGUUUUCCUUGUUUCUAUGCUUCGAAACUAUGAGCCUGAUCCAACCCAUGUUCUAGAUUGGGGAGAGCUCAAUUUAGAUGAAGAACUGUCAUUUGAAGAAAGACCAGUACAAAUUUUGGAUCACAAGGAACAAGUUUUACGUACAAAAACAAUACCAUUGGUCAAAGUUCUUUGGCUACAUGGAAAUACAGAAGAAGCUACGUGGGAAUUAGAAACUGAAAUACGUAAGAAGUACCCAGAAUUGUUCUCUGAUUCCAGUAAGUUUUAA